AAAAAAGAGAAAAGAAAGAGGUGUCAAGCUUUACGCAUGAGAGCUCUGUAUCGCGCUCUCUCCAAAGACGCGCGCGUAGUUAUAUUAACAGAAUCUCCACAGCAUGCCAACAAGUUGACUUACCAAAAUAAUGAGCUCGCGAGUAAUUAGCGCGUUGUCAUGGAAACCUAGAUAACAUUCUCACGUCUUAAUAGUUAUAUUUGGAACAGAACAACGGGAUAAAUCCAGGAGGGGAGCUGUUAUGGAGGAUCAGCGGCGGGGUCAGGGUGAGGAGGAGGAUGACAGCGGAUCUCUGCCCUCUCCACCUUUGCUCCCUGCGCACAGAAACACUGAUUUCUUCAUCGAUAACAUCCUCAGACCGGACUUCGGUUGUAAAAGAGAGCGAGAGAGAGUAACGCGGGAUUCGGGUGUCCGACCGACUGCUGUCCUGGACUCCCGGAGCGACGGUGUUUCUUCUUCGGCCUCGUCCACCGUUUCAUCUCCGGUUUCCAGCAGUCAGUCUAAUAAGGUGGAGCAGGGAUCCAGUAAAUCCUCCUCGCCCAGUAAAGACAGCCAGAAGCAGAUUUUGUGGCCCGCUUGGGUUUAUUGCACGAGAUACUCUGAUCGGCCUUCAUCUGGCCCAAGGACCCGGAAAUUGAAAAAGAAGAAUAACAAUACCGAAAGCGACGAUAAGCGACCCAGAACGGCGUUCACAGCCGAGCAGCUCCAGAGACUGAAGGCAGAGUUUCAGACUAGCCGCUACAUCACGGAGCAGAGGCGGCAGGCUUUAGCGCGGGAACUCGGCCUCAACGAGUCGCAGAUCAAAAUAUGGUUCCAGAAUAAGCGCGCCAAAAUCAAGAAGUCCAGCGGCUUCAAAAACGCGCUCGCAAUGCAGCUAAUGGCGCAGGGAUUGUACAACCAUUCCACCACCACCAUCCAAGAAGAGGAGGACAACUAGCAGAGACAAAUCCUGGAGUGAAAUUAAUCACAAGACUUUAAAACAGAUAUUAUAGCCUAUGUUUACUGAGCGGGAGAUGUAUUGUAGUGUAAACAAAAUCUGUACAUUAGCAGCUUUCUGCAUUUUGUGAUUCAUUUUGUAUUCUUCCCUUGUAUUAAUGCUUUUGAAUUGCAUUAUGGCAGCUUGAUCUUUCUUCCAACAACUUUUAAUCUUGAAAAGCUCGCAAAGUGACUUUUAUUAACAGUUUUAAUAUUUUAUAUUGUCUAAGUUGGUGUUGUAGCCUAUAUUACGAUACAAAAACGUUGUAAUAAACUGCAGCACAUAUUCUGUUAUUUUACAGACUUGUUUCUCUUUAUAUUAUUCCUUACACAUUCUAUUAUUUCAAACUAGUAAAAUGUAAAUAAGGUGACUUUUAAAGUCGACAGAGAGAGCAGAUAUCAACAUCACCUAAUGCAAUUCACCAGCGCAAAUAAACGGAAAACUCUUGUAAAUCACAAAAUGAGCUGUUAAUUAAAAUAUUAUUUUAAAGUGUAUACAAAACUGAAAUUAAACUGACAGCCUCUUUAUUUUAAAGAUGCGAAUAAAGUUUAAUAUGGUUUGUUAUUCAGUUAUAAUUUACUUCAACUAUGAUGUUUUAUAUAAGCUGUUAACUGCAGUAUAUGCCAAAGACGCUAUUCGAUUGAAUUUAUAAAAUUAGCAGCUAUAAUGUUUUAAACUGUAUAUCCAUAAUAUUUUCCCUUUGCUGGUGGUAUACUUGGGAUAAUGGGAAAUAAAGAUGUGAUUUCAGAUAGUAUUCUUCAUAAUAUAUUUAAUACUCUAUUCAAAUAAACUCAUUUUGUACAUGAAA